GAAAUAAUCAUUGAAAAGCAUGACUUUUCUCAACAUCUGAUUUGACUAUAAGAACAUAGGCUACUGUACUUCCGUUUAAGCACUCGAUGAGCUGCUCAGUCAGGAGAGAGAUGAACGCCUUCCUCUUUGUUAGACAUCAGGAAGUAAUGAACACACACACGUAUGUUUUGAAAGUUGGAUUUCCCCACAUCAGUCAGUGCAGCGAAGAAUUUCUGUAUUGCUUAAUAAUGGGAUACGUGUCAACAUCUGAUCCGUCUGCGGUGCUUUGCUGAACAUUUCAAUCUGAGCUCAACCAAUCACAGCUGUGCAUCAACCGUUUUCCUCAAUCAUGUCGGAUUUGAAUGACUCUUUGAACAUAAACUUCUUGAAAGAGUCUGUAUUGAAGAGGCUCUGUGAGUCCCUUGACAAGGCCAACAAUAAGGGAUGGCGAAAACUGGGGGAGAUUGUGAAAAGUGAGAAGCGAUUCAAAGUGAGUCUGGAUGAUAUGGACAUGUGUUCCCUGAAGGCUUUGGAGGCGGACGGAAGUCCUUCCCGCAGUCUGCUCAAACUCAUUGGAGAUCAGGGAUGUAUGGUGGGUGAACUGGUGGAGUUUCUACAGAUCAUGGGUCAUACGGAUGCCCUGCAGUGUCUGAAAUCUCCAGGAAUUCAAAUCAUCGUCCAGCCGCAGUCGGUGGCUGUCAUUGCUGGACACAACCUUCGUCUCAGUUGUUAUGCGGUUGGUGCUUCACAUGUGCAAUUCAAGUGGUUUAAGAAAACGGAAGAGGUACAUAACAGCUCCUCCCCAGACCUGGUGUUCAGUCCAGUCCGGCUCAAAGAUGCAGGGUUUUACAUCUGUCGAGUGAACUGUGGAAACGCGUAUGAGUUCAGUCACUGGGCCCAAGUAGAUGUCCUCGAUGUUCCACCAAGAUAUGGAUUAGUGUCUCUGGCUUCAGAGGGCAGGCCAAGGGUGCUGAUCCAGCCUCAAGCCCAAAGGCUGCUGGUGGGAGAUUUACUCUAUCUGGAGUGUGGAGCUAUUGGAAGACCCCUACCACAAUAUCAAUGGUACAGAAACGGAGUGCCGAUCAAAAAAGCCACUAAGAGGAAGUACACUGUCAAGAAUUUGUUGCCAGAGCACCAGGGAAGAUAUCGCUGUGAGAUCUUCUGCAGUAAUGAACGAACGUGGAGCAAUGAAGUGGAUGUUGUUGUUCUAGAAAAUCCUUGCCAUUCUGAAAUGAAAGAUCCAAGAAUAUCUCAUGAAAUUUCAGGAGCAAUGGAGUGCUCUGAAGAUGAUUUUUUGAUUAUUGAAAGGGAAUACAGUCUUGAGAAACCUUAUGCUACAGACAAAGUGGCUCUUCUGAUUGGUAACCUCACAUAUCGAAACCACCCGCAGCUGAAAGCACCCAUGGUUGACGUGUACGACCUCACCAAUCUGCUGCGGCAGCUCAACUUUAAAGUGGUGUCUCUGCUGGAUCUAACCGAGUCAGAGAUGAGGAACGCUGUGGAGGAGUUCUUGUCCCUGCUUCAUAAGGGAGUGUAUGGUUUGUUGUAUUAUGCUGGACAUGGUUAUGAGAACUUUGGGAACAGCUUUAUGGUACCUGUUGAUGCCCCAAAUCCGUACCGUUCAGGCAACUGUCUCUGCGUUCAGAGCAUUCUGAAGCUGAUGCAGGAGAAGGAGACUGGACUCAAUGUCUUCCUCCUCGACAUGUGCAGGAAAAGAAAUUUACAUGACGAUGCCACGCCAAAUGUUGUGCUCCAAGUUACAGCCAAUAUUGUGUUUGGAUAUGCCACUUGCCAAGAUGCUGAGGCUUUUGAACUGAGCUCAAGUGGAUUCACCAAUGGAGUCUUUAUUAAAUUCCUGAAGGAGCGCCUCCUAGAGGAUGAGAAGAUAACUGUUUUGCUAGACAGAGUGGCUGAAGAUAUGGGUCAGUUUGACCCCACAAAGGGUAAGCAGGCUCUAGAGAUCCGCAGCAGCCUGUCAGAGAGACGGUCCCUCACCGAUGCCAUCCGCCCCGGGGACUACUCCGAUGCCGCCGAGGCACAUAAUCUGCUCUGGGCUAAAGCUAAUGAACUGCCGCAGAGUAAAAUUCUGGACUUUGAAUGUGGAGUUCAGAUAAAAAUGGACUUUGCUGCUGAGUUUUCCAAUGUGCUGGUCAUCUACACCAGCAUUGUGAAAAAGCCAGAAGAGAUGCUGUCUUGUCAGGCACACAUAACUAACCUCCCUUUGGACCUGGAUGUGGACCCUAAGCUGAUGAACAAAGAAACUCUGGAGGAAACAGGAAGCUUCCUACUUUCAGGGAGUCUUCCUCAGCACUGCCUCUAUACCAGACUCAGCUCACUGCAGAAACUCAAGGAGGAACUAGCCUUCACUGUCUGCCUACAAGUCCUGUUUAACUCCCUAGACGACCUGGUCCAGUGGAACAUGGAUGUUAACGUCGGAAAGCCCCUCACUGCCAAACUGGAUCUCAACCGUCCCACCAGGAAGAACAGCUGUCAGCUGACGUGUCCCAUGCCGCACAGCCCCUCGACCAGCCCCAGCCACAGCCCUGCAUCUGACCGCCGCUUCCACAGCCAGGGCCCAUGCUUCCCCCAGCAGCACAACAACCCCUACCUCAACGUCUGCGAGCCCCUCCACGGAGCUGUAGGGGGCUAUGGGGACUUUCGAUUGUACGUUGACCAUACACAUCAAUAUGAGAAUAUGCCAUGCUCGCCCUACCUGAACCCACCAAGUAUUCCCAUUGAGACCACUGAUGACAUUGACGACAUGCAGAAUGAGUUCAUGAAUAGUUUGCAACUCUAUAACCAUCCCUGAGUGAGUACACAGUGGUAAACCAUUAAUUUAAGGGAUACUCCACACAUAAAAAAAAUACAAUUCUCUCAUCAUUUAGCCAUCCCAGAUGUUUAUGACUGACUUCCAUUGAAUGAACAUCUCCAUGAGUCAAUACAAUGGAAGUGUAUGGGAUCACCAAAGUUUGCAUUUGAAGCAUCGGCUUUGUCAAAAGGUCUUAAAAGUUGUCAAAAGAAAGUCAUAUACAUCUGGGAUGGCCUUAGAAUGAAUAAAUGAAAAGUCCUUUAAAGACUGUGGAGAUAAUAUAUUAAAGGUUUUUUAGCCUUUUUUAUAAUAGGACAGAUCAGAGCUGAUGGGUGCCGGGAUUGGGAAAGAGUUGGGAUUUGAACAGCGUUAUAUGACGUGUUCUGCCCACAUGGCUAUCAGUGAUUGUAAUGCAAAAAUGUAUCAUCUCAAGUGAUUGUCUAAUCUCUAUCAGUUUUCAGUCUUUAUUUUCAUGUUACUAACUUAUUACAACACCUCCAAAAUAUUUUAGCAUAAAGAAAAUACUGUAGCAAUGUUACUGUAAGUAUAUAGUAAUUUAAAAUAUUUUAUGUAAAAAAUCCUGUCACCUUUUUACAUCUCAAAACAUCUUUCUUCAUAUAGAUUUUAAACAUAUUUAGAAAAAUUGUCUUUAUUUUUAAACAAAAAGUGCAUGAAUCAAAUGUCAUGAUUAUCUUUUAACAUGUAGAUAUUGUUCAUAACUCUGGCUUUGAAAUUAAAGGUUACUCAAUGUGAGAAGGUCAGUUACAAUUUCAUAAAAAAGAAAAGAAAGAAACAAGAAACCACUUAAAAACAAGUAAUUGAUUAAAAAGAAUAACUAGAAAUCCAAUGAAAAUAAAUUUCUGAACAUCUCGUGUGAUCAAUAUUUCUCAGUAAAUGGUAACUUAAUAGUUUCACCGCAUAAACAAAUGCGUGUCGCCAAGAUGUUAGGCAACUAGAUGACUUUGACUUCCUCUUCACAUUACAUAACAGUGCACUUCUAACCUCAGCCUUGGAUUUCAUCUCCACAAAUGCGGCCGGAGUCUUUUAUUUGAGCUGCCCCACAUCCAUG